AGUGCGCACGCGCCGCCGCCGCUAUGAGCUGCACUACGGUCGCCGCGCUGGCGCUGCUGCUGCUGCUGGCUGCCGUCACUGCCGUCACUGUCGGCGACGAGCCUCCCGCCUGCGCUAAACUAAAUAGAUUCAACAUCGACAAAGAAUUGUACAAGGGCAGUCUGCGCGAGGGCGGCACGGUGCGGCCCCUGCACCUGUACUGGGGCAGCGCGGCCGGGCGCGCCGCGUCCACGCUGCUGCUGGUGCUGCUGCGGCACCUGCGCGGCUACGACUCGCUGUCGCUGAUGCCGGGCCCGCUCUCCACCACGCAACUUGCGCGCUAUGUCCCGCAUCAACCUGACCACAGAUACAAAUCAUGGGUGAUAGCUUUGUCAACUGCAUGGGUCCCUGAACCCGCACAGCCGUGGGUUGAGGGAAACGGAUCAAAUGGUGGCCUCGCCGGGCCACGCCUGGCCGAGUUUGGUUUGAGCCCCGUGUCUGCACGGCGCCGCCUGUUCGUCUGGCUCGCACCACACGUACGAACUGUCAGUGAGUGCAUGACCAUGCAAUGGCCAUUCGAUAUUGACGAAACUACGCGUCUACGUUGUGGUUUCAUCGAUCCAAAAGUUCCACGUGGCAACAGGACACAAGUAGAAGUACUCAGUAUCGACGACAUUGUCACACUGGACCAGCUACUGAAACGGGCGCACGCCGCUAAAUCUCCGCUGCUAGCACGCGAUGUCAACUACACCGUCUUCUUCGACACAUUGAGGACUGCCAAUCACUCAUUUUUAUUCCUGGACUAUGACAUUUGGUCAGGAGAACCAGGUGUACGAGCGAUAGAACCUCCUCCUUGCGUGCAUGAAGGUUCUAAAUAUUGUAUUAAGGAACUAGAUACCGCUAUUAGUUUGCGCAUCGCCGACGUCGAAAAACUUCAAGUAUACGCGCCUAUGUUAUUUAAGUUCGUACAUGACUUUGAUCCAGAACCUGAAGCUCUGCGCUACAUCCUCGAAGAGGAAGCACGGGGCACAAAUAUUGAAGCGGCUGCUUGUGCCUGGGUCGACCGUAAAAAAGUACAUUAUUGCAAUCACUCCGUCAAAGAGAAAUAUGACAUUAUUAACUACGAAGUGGCUUUGUAUGUGUGCGUUUAUCCCACAUCAUUAUAUGACCCCUCUUAUGACGAACUAGCAAAGGAUAUUAUCUACAUUUUCAAUCAUGAAAAAAAUACGAAUAUUUCAAUAAGAAGAUUCUUUGUAAAUUGUUCUGACACAUACAAUAUGAGCAAAAAAUUAACAAACUUGAUGGACACGAUGAUGUCAUACCGCAUGCUAGGCGUGGUGUCCAUGGCAACGGGCGAAGGAGCGUUGGAAGCCUCUACAGUGGCUGCGGCAAACAACGUACCGCUGCUGUUGGUGGACGUGGUGCCGGACGACAGCAGCGCAGAGGCCGGCGGCACCACAUGGCGGGUGUCGGGCAGUCCGCGCCACCUGGCGCGAGCUCUCGCCCACUUCAUACUGGCCGCGGGCUGGACGCGCCUCGCCGUGCUCUCUGAGGACACAUUGCUAGCUCGCCAGUACAAUGCCGCAGUCAAACUAAACACGACAAUAGUAUCUCACGAGUUUCAAAUUCCCACUCACUUAACCGAUAAUGAUACAGACAGUAUAUUAGACGCCCUCCGCACCACAAAAGCUCGUGUUAUUUUUAUAAACGCAAUCUUUGAGGCUGCUACCUCAGUAUUGAAAGCGGCAGUGAAACGUAACAUGACGUAUUCCAACGGCUUCGUUUGGAUAAUGCGUGACUGGAAACAAAACAAUGAAACCGUGUGCGAUAGUGAGAAACACUUCACAGUAUCAUUUUGGAGCCAUUCUACUUCAAAUAACAUUAAAGUCUCCUAUUCUGACAAGCCUGUAAUCCGACAAAUGCAUAAACAUUUGAGGAAUUAUACAACGUUGCCUCGGGCCGCUGCAUUCAUGAACGCACAUCUCACUCUCGUAAUGGGUUUCAAAGAUCUUAAUCAGCAAUUUAGAGUGAACCAGGACCUCCGCAAUGCUUAUGUUAUCAGGUCGUUUAAUGAAAGUCUAAUAAAGUCGCCGAUCACAGGUGUCCCUCACUCUCACCCACUGCGGUAUAAGAACCGGGUGCUCGAGGACACGUAUGUGUACAUCGAGGAGUGGUGCGGCGGCCAGGCCACGCGGGGGCUAGCCACGUGGCGCGUCAACAUCACCAGCGGCGCCGUAAGCGAAUGGAAUGCUAGUACCACCGCGCGGCUCGAGCUGCCCGACGACAUGCCGCACGACGACGGCACCUCAAGCUGCAGGAUAAGCUCCGGCGACCCUUUCGACCCCACGUGCUACGAUGCUGUGGUCGCCUGCGUGCUGCUACUGCUGCCGCUGGCGCUUGUCGCGGUGCUGCUAGCGCGCCGACGCCUAGCGCGCCUAGCGCACGAGCAACAAAUCCAUGCCAUCGCUCGACGUCAGCGCGUGGCCACGGUACUGGCCGAUUACCUGGUGGAGCGCGACACGCUGGAGCUGCACUCGGAACUUGGAGCAGGACGAUUCGGAAGCGUCCGCUUAGCACGGUUAUGUAGACCUGGACGCAAUCCACGAUAUGUCGCCGCAAAAGCUCUGCGGGACAACGCCGCACCUGCUGAUGAAAGUGAAUUCUUACGUGAAGCGUGUAUGAUUGCUUCUCUCGAUCACACGCAUAUUGUUCGUCUGGUCGGUGUGUGCAUUGCGGAUGGACCUCCAUUGGUACUUAUGGAGUUAGCAUUCUUUGGCGAUUUGUUGGGUUAUUUGCGUGCGCGUCGCCACCUAGUGGACGGAACAGCGUUAGAAGAAUCGGCGGAGAGUGAUGAGGCAGAGCACGUAUCUGCCGAAACUCUAACGCGACUAGCUCGCGAGGCCGCCGAGGCGUUGCAGUAUUUAGAAGUUCGCGGCGUCGUACACCGCGACGUACGCGCUGCCAACUGCCUAGUGGAUAAGCGGCGCUCGCUUAAGCUUGCAGACUUCGGCAUGGCGCGGGAUACGGUGGCGGGAGCAGACGGCGCAUCCGAGUACUCAUGCCGGCGCAGGGGUCUAUUCCCCGUUCUAUGGAUGGCACCCGAAAGCCUCGCACACGGUGUCUUUUCGGCUGCAUCGGAUGUGUGGGCCUUCGGUGUGCUAGUGCUAGAAUUGGUGACCCUGGGUGCGAGACCUUACGGCGCCAUGUCUCCGCUUCGCGUGCUGGAAUACGUCGCGGCUGGAGGGUCACCACCAUUACCACUGGAUGCCACGCAACAAACGCGCGGGCUGGCGCAGCUGUGCUGGCAGCGUGCGGCCGAGCGGCGGCCGAGCGCAGCGGAACUGGCGGCGUACUUGGCGGCGUGGCCGAGGGCGCUGCAUCCAGUGCUGAUGGACGAGCGCGAUGCCGACAGCGGCUUUGGAGAGUCUCCGUCUACAGAGCUGCUACCUCCUGAGUCUCCAGCACACACUCACGAUCAGCUCGACGUCUUAGCUGCGACUCACUGAAGGACGUCCAAAACUGAACACAGGCCUUCCCAAUGAUGUCGUUGGAAGCAACCUGCAUCCAGCCCAGCGCUCCCUGCGACAUGCACGUGGCGUCUAUUUGCAAACGUAUCUACCCUAUCAGCCAUCGCGCGUCGUCGGUUCUACGAGCUACAGUUUAUUUUUACGGCAUUCCUAAUAUUUUCAUCAUUCUAUCCACGAAAAAUAAACACAGAACAGGCGUACAACUUAUUAAAAAAUAACUCGUGUUUGGACCUUACACUAAAUUUAUAACUUUAUAUUAACGAUCUACGAUGGAGCACGUCGUCCCAUAAGCAACCUAUUCACUCGGGCCUUGAAGACACCCAGGUAUGGCUAUACCUGGAAAUACAGACUAUGGCAAAGAGUGCCACUCCUUACCUUUACGGACAAGGAAGCUUGAUGCGAAGCGCUUGGUGCGUGUGGGUGGGACGUCUACUAUGAAUCAGUGACGCUUCGCCGAUUGUCUUGUGAUACGAUGACAGUAAGGACUAGGGGGAAACAAGUUGCGCAAUUCCACCGCACACUCACUGAAAUGAAUCUGAUAGAAAACCGAUAACAACUUUACGACUGUGUUCGAGGCUUUGAAGCCCGACCUCCACAACCACAUCAUUGUUGACGAGCCUCUUGGCUCCUAUAAGGUACCUAUUCACUCAAGACUUGACGACACCUAGGUUGUAUUUUUCUGGAAACACAGACUCUGACAAGGAAUUCCACUCCAUAGCGGUUCGCAUAGAGAUACUCGAAGCGGAACGAUUCGUGCAAGUGGAUGGAACGCCGACCAUAUUUCGGUGUCGUUUUACUGUUUGUCUGGUACUGCUGUAUGAAAUGGAAUGGAUUCCUCCGCAUACUCUCCGGUAAACAACAGAAAGCGAUUUAUCAUUGAUGAGCACUUGAGGAGUGCUCAUCAAUGUGUGAGUGCACUUCUCGAUGGACACAAGGGCUUCAGCUGACGAUUCCGCCUGACGUUACGACCUACCUACUACACCUAAGGACGAGGGUGACUCAGACUCCGACUCUUCUAUCUGUCUCUGAUCCAUGAUCAUAGGAUCAAAUGCAAAGAAAUGUUGUGAGUUAUGUACAUAGGGUAUCAUUAAAACAUGUAAGCUUGUUAUUGUUAACGUUAGAUAGUUAUAAGUAUACAUAGUUUGACUGUUUACUGUUCCUGUUAAUAAAAAACACAAAAUGUUUUAUUGUUGCAAAUUAUUUAUAGCUCCACUUUAGAGGUACAAUACACAAAAAAUUACAAUAUUGUAGUUCAUUAUCGAUUUAUAAAAUUCCACUUAUUCACUUACAAUAUCAUUAUGGCAUACAUGGUAUUAAUAAAAUAAUGUGUUUUAAGGAAGCAAUAAAUACCUACCAUUUCAAUGAUUACAUUACAAUCACGUCAAUUCCAAUUGAAAGGGGUGACAAGGUAUACACACGAAUAAACAAUUAUUUGAAACAAUAAAUGAUUCACUGAAUUAAAGGAACUCUUUUACUUAAACUUAAAGUAGAUUUGAGAGAGAACUGACUGAGAAUGCAACAUCGCGAGUGGCGACAGGACGGUCAGGCGCAGGCGCGCGGUCACAAUAUAUCGCCGACGCCGCGACUCCGCGCGUGUUUACAAACUCGUGCGGCGCGCGGCGGCGCGUGAGACUGCGCACCGGCCACUGCCGCCCACUGGGAACCCGCACCGACACGGUACUGUCCACUAACAUUACCUACCCUUACAUUGCUAUCAGUGUAUGACUCAGUUCAGUCAGAAGUUAAAGACUCACAUUACCUAUCUAUACUUAUAGUAAAUCUGUAGAGAGGUCAAUUCGGUACAUGAAAUAUAUUUGGAUGCCAAAAAUGCAAUCAGUAAAAAUGUUGUCUCUCUGUCUGUCUGUCUGUAUAACCGCCAUAGAAACAAGAACUGCUCGACGGAUUUUAACGAAACUCGGUAUAUGUAAUUAUUUUUCAUACUCUUGAGCUGGUUAUA